AUGUUAAUAUCAAUAGCAUUUUGGUUGUUAGUUAUUUUAAUUAGUUUUUGGAUUCUACUUGGUCCUGUUUUGAGAUUUCUGCGUGUUCUAUGGGAAAUUAUUAUGCAAAUAUAUUAUAAGAAGACAAUCGAUUUACGAACAAAAUUCGGCGAAUGGGCAGUUGUCACUGGGUCAACUGACGGUAUUGGUAAAGCUUAUGCUAAGGAAUUAGCAGUAAGAAAUAUGAAUCUAAUAUUAAUCAGCAGAAACUUAGAAAAACUUGAACGUACAAAAGACGAGAUGCUAUUAAUAAAUCCAAAAAUCCAGGUGAAGAUUCUUGUGGCGGAUUUCGCCGAAGGAGAAAAUGCUUUCACCAAAAUCCAUUCUCUUUUGCAAGAUAUAUCCGUCGGCAUAUUAGUGAACAAUGUGGGUAAGCAAUACGAGUAUCCCAUGUAUGUCGGAGAGGUACCCGAGAAGGAACUGUGGGACAUUAUCAAUGUAAAUGUGGGCGCCACUACGUUAAUGACGCGGUUGGUUAUCGGGCAGAUGCAAAAACGCAGACAAGGCGCGAUUGUCAACGUCUCCUCGGGAUCCGAGUUCCAACCACUGCCGCUGAUGACGGUAUACGCCGCUACGAAGGCAUAUGUGAAGAGUUUCUCCGAUGCUCUCAGGGCAGAAUACUCCAGAUUCGGCGUAACUGUUCAACACCUGUCGCCUCUUUUCGUUAAUACCAAAAUGAACGCAUUUAGCUCUAGGCUUCAGGUUUCAAGUAUAUUUAUACCUGACGCUACAACUUAUGCAAGAAAUGCUAUUGCCACUCUGGGCAAAAUGGAUAGUAGUACUGGUUACUGGGCCCAUAGUAUUCAAAAGUUCAUCACUCUAAUGUCACCUGUAUGGAUUAGAACGAAAAUCGGACAAAUUAUGAAUGAGAGUUUCAGGCAAGAGUAUUUCAAGCAACAAAAAGAAAAGACUUUACAAUAAGAUAUUUUAAAUAAACAAUUUUUUUUUUAAGUAUUACAUGUAUAUUGUGCUGACGUAGAAACUAAUUUUUAGUAACUUUACUUAUUACAAGUAAUGUAGUAUUAUAGAUAAAAAGAAAAUACU